AUGUUUCUUUGGCGUGAGGUCUUCCUGACCGUGUGGAAGGUCGUCAAGAGAGUGGGGCUGAUUAUUUGCACUAUAUACCUCUUCUUCUCCUUUAACACUUUAUACUCCAUACAAAUGCUCACUCGUCUUUCCAUCCCUAUUAUUGUGCUGUUUAUUGUAUAUCAGAUUCUCAUUCUUCUUGUGGGCUUCUCUUUCCUCAGGAUGUCUAUAUCGAAGAACUGCACAACCCUUGAGCUCUUCCCAGAAACCGAUGAAACCGAAGACUCUGAUGACAGCAGUCUUCAUCUCAACCCCUUUGAAAAGGAGCACAUAUUUGCAUACAAACACGAGAUGAACAUAUGCGAGAUAUGCAACACUUCGCAGCCCAUGCGCAGCUACCACUGCAGCGCGUGCAACAGAUGCCUGCUGCUUAUGUUCAAGCACCUUACAUGGUGCGAUCUGUGCGUGGGAUUCACCAACUACAAAUUCUACAUUGUUUUUUUGUUUUACUUGGUGAUUCUUUCUGGCCUGGGACUUGGCUGCUUCAUUGAUGCAAUUAUCAACAACUCUCUUGUUGACUACUCGAAUGCUCCCCUGUACGUGUCCAUUGUUCUGCAGGCUCUUGGCUUGGUUUUUGUGCUGUACUACUUCGUAGAAGGAGUGUACUCCGUGUGCAUCAACCAAACACCGCAGGAAAGAAAGCAUCCGAUGGAAAACACGAAUAUAUCGUACGACAUGGGGUACUACCAGAACUGGAAAAUGAUCAUGGGCGAGUCCUGGUACACGUGGUUUAUGCCCAGCUGGACAACCGAGGGAGACGGGCUGAAGUUCCAGCACACGCGAAAAACAGGCCCAGAGGUGUACGAAAGCACUGCACUGACAGUGUCCACCGAGUAG